CAAUACGCGAACAAAGAAUAAUUGAGAUGGGAAGAAUGACAGUAACAUGAUUCUUAAUUACACAUUUUACACUGUCGGCUGACUGAAUAGAGCGCAAAGCGUAUGUGAGUAGCCAACUUCCAGCUCUUCAGGAACGUUUCGUCGCCGAUAUCUUGCAGAGUAAAAUGGCAGGGAAGUACGCCUCACCCGAAGAGUUCCUGGAAUACGUCAAAAUGAGAAGCCCAGGAGAGGACGAAUUUCAUCAAGCAGUGGAAGAAGUAGUCGACUCAUUGUGGGAUUUUCUUCAAAAGAAUCCCAAGUACGACAAACAUAACAUCCUGGAAAGGUUGGUUGAGCCAGAGAGAGUGGUAAUCUUCCGAGUUCCCUGGAGGGAUGACAAAGGUGACAUUCAUGUGAACCGUGGAUACCGAGUGCAGUUCAACUCCGCCAUUGGUCCUUACAAAGGUGGUCUUCGAUUCCAUCCGUCAGUCAAUCUGGGGAUUUUAAAGUUCUUAGGAUUUGAGCAAAUCCUGAAGAACAGUCUUACAACUCUUCCUAUGGGCGGCGGAAAGGGCGGCUCUGAUUUUGAUCCCAAGGGCAAAACCGACAACGAAGUGAUGAGUUUCUGCCAGUCUUUUAUGACCGAGCUCCAAAGGCACGUGGGCCCAAACACGGAUGUCCCUGCUGGUGACAUCGGUGUAGGGGGGCGUGAGAUAGGGUACAUGUUUGGGCAGUACAAGCGGAUCCGAAACGAGUUCACUGGUGUGCUGACCGGGAAAGGAAUUCCGUGGGGUGGAAGCCUACUGAGGCCGGAAGCCACUGGUUAUGGUCUGCUGUACUUUGUUCAGGAGAUGCUUUUUUCUAAAGGCGACAACAUCAAAGGCAAGUCGGUUGCUAUCUCUGGCUCUGGAAACGUCGCCCAGUACGCAUGCGAGAAAGCAACUGCACUCGGUGCCAAGGUCAUAACUCUGUCAGACUCGGCAGGGACCAUUCAUGAUCCAGACGGCAUCACACCAGAGAAGUUGGCGUAUGUAUUGGAGCUGAAGAAUGUCAGACGUGGGCGGAUUAGCGAGUACGCUAAACAUUACAAAGUGGCUUACUUGGAGGGAAAGAAACCCUGGGGUGUCAAAUGUGAUGUGGCUCUUCCGUGCGCUACGCAGAACGAAGUUGGAAAAGAAGAUGCCGAGGAACUGGUUAAGAAUGGAUGCAUAUGCGUGGCUGAAGGUGCUAACAUGCCAACACAGCCAGAGGCGGUGAGAGUGUUGCAGAAAAACAAGGUGUUGUUUGGUCCAGGGAAGGCAUCAAACGCUGGGGGCGUGGCAGUGUCCGGUUUAGAGAUGACCCAAAAUAGCCUGAGAAGUGCUUGGACGAGAGAGGAGGUGGAUGCCAAAUUGCAGCACAUUAUGAAGCAAGUCAACCUACAGUGUGUCAAGUACGGCACAGGGCCGGAUGGAUCUGUGGAUUACGUGAAAGGAGCAAAUAUUGGUGGAUUUGUUAAAGUGGCUCAGGCUAUGAUCGAUGAAGGACUGGUUUGAGAAAUCUCAUCACCAUUCUGGCUUUUCAUUCUUCUUUACAUUCUCUCGAUUAAAUAGUAUAUUUCAAACCAAAGAAUCUUACAGCUGACAACAACGUCUUAAAGAAUUUCGUUAGUAGUUUUUCUCGACAUUCAUCGAUACGGUAAUACAUUUUAAAAUUUAAGGUUACUUGAAUUAUGGAAUGGACUAAGGAUAAGGAUCAGUCAAUGAUUACUGUAUGGAGCAGUCAAUCAAAAUUUCAGUUAAGCAGGGUUUUGUCGUUCCAAAUUGUUUCAAGGGCGACAUUUCAAUAGAAGUAGGUAUUGUUGUAUUUUGAUUAGGAAACCGGAUGCGAAUAAAAUCCG